UGGACGCGUAGGAUUAUGCGUUCGACAAUUGUGCAUUAAGCAGAUGCGUUUGCCGGAGUAAUCAAGCUUUUGGCACAGGCCAUAGACCAAACGACAGUUAGAUGCUGCAAUUAACUUUGUCAUAAAUAAUUGGACGUGCUGCUGGACUGUGAUCAGCGAAUAGUCCAGCUGCAAUGCAGGCGGCCGGCAUUCUCCGGCCGCCGUGCUGCACGGCUGGCGCAGCGUCGACAUCCCGUCCAAGCUCUAUUAGCUAUGUGGGGAUUAGGCAUAGGGGCCUGCAUGGGCGUCGGCUUGUCGGCGCCUUGCCCGGGCAAGGGGUCAAGACAUUGUGGUGCCGGAGGAGCUGCGAUUUGGGCGACCGACAGGUCGCACUCCAAGCAGCUCCCGAGGCGCAAGGGCCCUCUGGCGACCUUGACCCGUCCAUUGCCGGGUUGCCUAAGCGACAGCUUGCUGCCAUGGCCCUGUCGCCGCUAGCGGCCCUUUCCCUACCGUUGGUCAACGACCCCACAUGGCAGCAAUCCCUAGCUGCUUUCAGCGAAAAGCUGCGCGGUUCGUUGGCGCAGUAUGAGGAUCAGGCGGCGAAUCUUGUACGGCAGUUGGACGAGCAGAUCACGUACAUGGAUUGGACGUACGGUGUGACCGGCAUUGACCUGUCAGCGGUUUGGGAUCCAGAGCUGUGGGUUCGCUUUAAGGAGGCGGUGGCGCAGAACGAGCCGGCCAUCUUCCUGAACAAGCUCCUGGAUCGAGUGCAGUACAAGGAGGCGCUGCCGCAGGCGGGUCUGGUGGGAGACAUGCGCAUCAGCUACGCCAAGUUCCUGCAGCUGCUGAGGGACCAGCGCAUCAAGCGUCUUGUCAUCUACGGCGACCAGCGCACCGCGGUGGCGGAGGUGCCGCACCCCUGGAGCGCCUCCGUGACCGGGCACCCCGCCACCCACCCCUUCUACGAGGACAACAACCACAUGCGGGUCAGCCUGCUCACCCCCAACCCAGCGGCACCCGAGGACGUGACUCAGUGGUUCUGCGCCGAGAUGCCGGAGUGGGACAUGGAGAAGUACCGCUUCUACGUGGACCUGCCGGGUGACUUCUGGGAGAGCGGCGUGCUGCAGCAGCACAUGGCAGCGACCCGCGGGUCGGCGGGCCCCGUGUGGGACCCCGUGUCGCGGCAGUACAUCCUGCCGUACUCCGCCCAGAAGAAGGUGUUCCAGGUGACCACGGAGGUGCAGCUGCUGGACCCGCAGGAGAGUUGGGACUUCCUGGGCUGGCUGGUGCACCCGGGGCGGCUGGAGUUCUACGAGAAGGCGGCGUGUGUGGCGCUGGCGCUGCGGCUGCUGGGCAUUGGCAUCGCGGUGGCUACCGGCUCCCCCUUCUUCAAGCUGCUGUCCGUAUCAUGGGGCAAGCUGCGCGGCAAGGGGCUGAAGAAGGGCGGCAAGGGGGGGGCCUCCGCGGCGCCCGACCCCAAGAAGAUGAGCAAGCAGGAGAAGAAGGAGAGCCAGUGGGAGCGACUUACCAGCAGCAGGGCGCGGGAGUUCAUGACUAAGGAUGCCAAGACGGGAAAGCUUCGCGACACGGGUGUGCGCUUCGAGGACAUCGCCGGCAUGGACUUCCUGGUGACGGAGAUGAAGGAGGUGGUGCGGCUGCUCAAGGGUGACGAGGCGUACAAGAAAGUGGGGGCGCGGUGCCCCAAGGGUAUCAUCUUCCAGGGCCCCCCCGGCACCGGCAAAACCUACCUGGCUCGAGCCAUCGCGGGGGAGGCGGGGGUGCCCUUCUUCUCGUCCGUGGGGUCGGAGUUUGUGGAGAUGUUUGCAGGUAUCGCCGCCGCCCGCGUGAACAACCUGUUCUACAACGCGCGCAAGAAGGCGCCCUCCAUCAUCUUCAUCGACGAGAUCGACGCCAUCGGCCGCGCUCGCUCCAGCCUGGGCGGCGACCCCGGCAGCAUGGAGCGCGAGAGCGCGCUGCUGGCCAUGCUGGUGCAGAUGGACGGAAUCAGCAACAAGACGGAGAUGGUCCUCACCAUCGGCGCCACCAACCUGGCUGAGGAGCUGGACGCUGCCCUCAUGCGGCCGGGGCGCUUCGAGGUGGUGUACGAGGUGCCGCAGCCGGGGCCCGUGGCGCGGCUGGCCAUCCUCAAGUACCACAGCCGCAACAAGACGUUCGAGGGGGGCGGAGAGGGGGGCGAGCGGGUGCUCAUGAAGGUGGCGGCGGCGACGCAGGGCUGGUCCGCCGCCGCGCUGGCCAACCUCAUGAACGAGGCCGCCAUCCUGACGGUGCGCCGCAGCGUGCCCGCCAUCAGCCUGCCGCUGGUGAUGGAACUGGUGGAGGGACUCAACUGGGGCGAGAAGGCGCCGCGCAUACCCGACUCGCAAGCAAAGGACAGGUUGGCGCUGGUGACCGCUGCCAAGGCUGUUGCCUUCGCGCUCACCCCCGGGCUGGAGCCGGUGAAGGAGGUGACGCUGUGGAGCGGGAGGAGGGGGCUGGGACCCAGCGUGGAGUUCAUUGGCGACGAGGAGCGGGCUCAGCUGCAGCAGCACCCGCAGGAGGUGGAGCUCAUGAGCUUCCGGACACACUACAAGACCAACGCCGCCCCCGUGGGCUCCGAGCCGCUGGGCGAGUUCCUGCACGUGGCGGGUCUGCUGGUGCCGCUGUACGCGGGCAGGGCGCUGGAGGUGGCGCUGUACGGCAGGGAGGGGGCCAGUCUGGCUACGGCCCAAACCCUGGCGGACUGCUUCGAGCUGGCCUACUACUGCGUGCGCCACAGCUCCGCGCACCCGCGCUACCGCCGCAUGCCGCCGCUGCACACCGCCUGCUGGAUGGGGCGAGACCCGGACGGGCGCUGGCGGCAGGACCCGCUGGCGCUGGGGUUCGAGGAGGAGCUGGGCUACCACAAGCUGACCCUGACGCUGCUGAAGGCCGCCUGGGUGCGGUCGCUGCGGCUGGUGGUGGCCCGCCGCUCCGCCAUCACACGGGUGGCGGCGGAGAUGCUGGGCGCGGAGGGGGAGAGCAUCAGCGGCUCCCGACUGAUUGAGAUCAUCGAGAGCACCCCACUGGACCCGCUGGAGCCGCCACCCGCCCCCUCACCCGCCUCCGCAUCCUCCGUCUCCUCCACCUUCCCGUCACCCGCCACCACCUUCCCUCCACCAGCCUCCACCUCUACCUCCACCCCUGCCUCCACAACAGCUGCCGCUGCUGCAGCGGCAGCGGGCGGUGAGGUGCUGGCGGCGGCCGCAGGGGGUCCGCUGAGUGAGGAGGCGGUGCGGGCGCUGGCAGCCGUGAAGGAAGCCGCCUCGGACUUCCUGCCCAUCCUCAAGGAGGUGCUGGGCCAGGUGCCGCACAUCAUCCUAACCGGGGAGCAGCAGGCGGGGCAGCUGGACGAGCAGGGCCGACCCGUGGGUCUGUCAGGGUCGGCAGGCGGCGGCGUCAGCGGCAGGGCGGCGCAGACAAGCUUCCGAGUGCCGGGGGCGGGCAGCAUGGGCAUGGCCUCCUUCCGGGGCGCCCCCUCCCCCGGCCCUCCCCCCCUGGAGUUGGACGACGCCACCCUGGCCGCCGUGUCGCGCGCGGUGAUGGGUCGGCUGGACGUGGUGGACCUGGUGGGCCGCAACACGGCGCAGGAGGCGGCGGAGAGGGUCCGUGACGCGCUGCUACACCCGGAGACACGGCAGCGCCUGCUGGCGGUACGGCGCUGGGUGACGGCGGGAGUAGAAGGAGCCGCAGCAGACAGCAAGGAGCAGCAGCCACAACAAGAGGCAACCGCAGCAGCCGCUGACGCACCCUUCCCGCCUCCCCCGCUGGAUGAGGUGCGGGCGGCGGAGGAGCGCUUCGGGGGGCCCAUGUACGGCGCGCUAGCACUGGAUCUGGACUGGUGGGUGCGGCGGCCUCCCGCGCAGCAGCUGAGCUGGAGUGCCAUGGAGCUGUUGUUCGAUGAGCGGCAGCGGAGGUACUUUGCGGAGGAUGCGGACCUGCCCAGGGACGAGGACACGACGCAGGGGCGCAAGCGGGCUGCGGAAGCUAAAGCUGCUGCUGCUGCGGCUGUUGGUGGUGCUGGCAGCGAGCAGCAGAAGUAGAUAGGAGACAGACAGUGUUGGGGUGGCAGUGGCAGUGGCAGUUGGGUUUGUUAGCAGUGGUCACCGCCGGUACUUCGAACGGACAGAUGAGUAGGUGGUUACGGUAACCGACUGGAGCAGCUUGCGGCUCCCUCGAGGCGGCUUCCUUAAAGGAGAGGGAAGGCAGGAUUGGAUCUGCGGACGAAUGCGGACAGUAGGGAGCGGGGUUUCCUUUCCUUUGAAUGCAGUUUCGGAGCGGGUUGUGUGAGCAGCGGGCAGUGCGUGUGUGAGCGGUUACUAGCGGAGCUGUUACUGCUGAUGUGCGCGGGGGUUGCGGUCUCCAGAAAGUGGUGGCCGCGGUGUCGUGUUUUGGACGCCGUACACCCCGCACAGUGCCGUACAACACUCGGAUCGGAUCCAGCUGAAAAAUGUUUUGCAAAUGUUUUAGGUGUUGCAGGUGCAUGUUCGAUGUAGCUGCUGUCAAGAGGCCAUUGCGGGUCUGCGGGUUACCGGGUCGAUGCGGCUGUUGUAACAAUCCUAUCACUGCGUCUUUAGGGUGGUUUCAGGCAGGUAGUUCGCCGUGAGUUUAGCAGCAAGCCGGGUUUUCAGGGUUCUGAGGUGUUCUGCGCAACCGCGUUACAGUACCGCUGCGGUUUGUAAGGCACUCGCUUCG